UGGUUGUGCUUUUGACUUGAAUUUAAAUAGAUACUUCGAAAGAAAUGUCUGAGUGCUGCGUUUUGUUUGAGUAAUGUGUUUUUCUUAAGAAGUAUAACACGCUCGUCAUUACAAAUCAUAUACAAGAAAGUGAAAACCACUAGAAAAUAAACAAAACAGCGUGUCGCGGAAGUUAAUUACUUCAUGCGUUGCACUGUCCUUGACCGCAAGGAAAUUUUCAAGUCACAGUGCUCAAGUAAUCGAGGGAAUUUUCCCUGUCUGCAAUUAUUGAUGUUUUGCUACCUCUCAAUUCAAGACUUUUCUUCCACUUAUUGUACUUUUAAUAAUUAAUCGCUUUUUUAAAAUAAGAGAUGCAUAUUGUAUAGAAGAUCUGCUGCUUUUCUCCUGCAAUGAUUAAAUUUAGGACUUCGAAAAAAUUUUUGGAGUUGCUAAAACUGCAUUAUCAAAAUGUCAGAUGCAUCAGUGAAGCACGGAGAAAAAUUACAAGUAGUUACUAUUUCAUGCCAGGACAGAUUCCCCUUUCGGGUCUCUGAAUUGGAGAUAUGAUUGAUCGGAGUGCUGAUAGAUGCGGAGACAAAACGGCAGUGAUUUCGGUUCACCAAAACGUAUCCAAAACUUACUCUGAACUUAGACAAGAAGCAGAAAGUCUUGCCUCUGGCUUGAUGUCUAUUGGUUUACGAAAAGGUGACAAAAUUGCUUUGUGCAGUCCAAAUUGCUAUGAAUGGCCCCUGACACAAUUGGCUGCUGCAAAAGCCGGUUUGAUCUUGGUGAAUAUUAAUCCAGCCUAUCAGAAAGAGGAACUAGAAUACUGUUUGAAAAAGAUUGGUUGCAAAUCACUCGUGACGUGGGAUGUUUUCAAAACGCAAGAUUAUUAUAAAAUAUUGUGUGAUAUUUUUCCAGACUUACCGAAUUCAACUCCUGGAAAAUUGCAAAGCAGCAAGUUUCCGACUUUAGAAAGUAUAAUUAUGAUUUUGAAUGAUAAAAAGAGUGGAGUUCUCAAUUUCAAAGAUGUACUUGACAGUGGUAACAAAGAGAGUGACAAAUUGCUAUCAGAGAUUGAUAAAACACUUCAGUUUGAUGAUCCUGCAAAUAUUCAGUUCACAUCUGGAACUACCGGUACACCCAGAGGGGAAGUUCUUACUCAUCACAGCCUUGUUAAUAAUGUUUUAAUUACAGGACCAAUAUUUAAAUUUGAUUUAUUGAAACCUGUAGCUUGUUGCCAUAUUCCUUUAUUUCACUCGUUCGGAUGCUUGCAUGCAAGCUUAAAUGUACUAUUUCAUCAAGGCACAUGUGUUUUCCCAUCUGUUGGAUUCGAUGCCAUUUCGAGUUUGAGAGCUAUUGACAAACAUAAAUGUUCUAUUUCAGGUUACGGAAUGACCGAAACAAGCACUGCUAUAGCUGUGAAUAGGUUGACAGAUGAUCUUGAAACAGUAGCAAAAGGAAUUCUGGAGAUUAUAGACUAUGUUGAGGUAAAAAUUAUGGAUAGCAAAGGACAGGUGGUUCCUGUGAAUUCUCAAGGUGAACUUUGUGCCAGAGGACAUCCAAUAUUUUUGGGAUACUGGGAUGAUGAAAAGAAAACGGCGGAAGUUUUGGACAAGACACGGUGGUAUCAUUCUGGGGACUUGGCAACAAUGAACGAAGAUGGCAAGAUAAAAAUUGUCGGAAGAGUCACAGAUAUGAUCAACCGAGGUGGAGAAAAUAUAUAUCCGUUGGAAGUUGAAAAUUUCUUGAACACUCACCCUGCUAUUCAGGACGCUUAUAUCUGUGGCGUUCCGGAUAAAAGAAUGGGUGAAGAAGCGUGUGCUUGGGUAUGCCUCAAAGAAGGAAUGCAACUAACAGAAGAUGAAAUUAAACAGUUCUGUAAAGGAAAGAUGAGCCACGUCAAGAUUCCGCGAUAUAUAAUGUUUGUUGAAGAAUUUCCAAAGACACAAUCACGAAAAGGGAAGAAGUUUGAGAUGUCGAAGAUUUCAAUUGAAAAAUUGAAACUGUGAUGUGGCAC